CGGCAAUAGUGUUACUGUACUGUCUGAGAUCACACAUUUCUCUGUUUUAAUGUUGUGGUGACUCCCUUAAAGCAAUUUCUUAAUUACAUUUAGGAUUCAUUAAACAUGUUGGUCUUUAUAUGUACUUGAACGUUAUUUUGGCUAAAGUCCGCUAACACAGCAGCGCUGUUUAUGACAGGUUUAAAGUGCUGGAAAGGCGAAGAACAUGACUGCCAAUGAAGACCAGGAGAUGGAGCUGGAAGCUUUGCGCUCUAUCUAUGAAGGAGAUGACUGUUUUAAAGAGCUCAGUCCUGUUUCCUUUCAGUUCAGGGUAGGAGAUCUUGAUGAUUCCAAAUCCUUCCUACUUGAAGUGUCUUGGCCAGAAAACUAUCCUGAAAGUGCACCAUGCAUAUCAUUAGAUACUUUUUUUAACAACAGACUAUCUGCACAGACAAAGCAGUACAUUCUUUCAAAGAUGAGUGAACAGGUGGAAGCCAACCUGGGCACUGCCAUGAUGUACACACUUUUUGAGUGGGCCAAAGAGAGCAAGGAAACACUUAUGGAAAACCACCAGCCUGUGACGUCUGCUGUGACCUUGAUAUCCAGCAGCGAUGUUAUGAAUAAUUCCACCUCUGUCAGUAAGAAGAAGGAGAAGAAAGAGCAACUAACUAAAGCACAGAAGAGGAAACUGAUUGGAAGAACAGAUAAUAAGGGUGAACUGCCAAGAGGAUGGAACUGGGUGGAUGUUAUUAAGCAUACGACAGAGCAAAGGGAGAGUAAAUGCUGAGCAAAACUGGAGGAAAAGAUGAUGAUUAAAGAGAUACUUCAGAAGGACUGAUCAGUAUUGCCAGAUGAAUGUAUGGGGAAAUUGUUUCUUUGUGCAGUUUUAUAUAUAUAUAUAUAUAUAUAUAUAUAUAUAUAUAUAUAUAUAUAUAUAUAUAUAUAUAUAUAUAUAUAUAUAUAUAUAUAUAUAUAUAUAUAUAUGCACACACAUACACAUAUGAAAACUGAACUGAAUUCUCCAGCCAUGAUUUCAGUCUACCUGAAACUAUAGAAGGUGAUUUGACACAAGGAGCUUUACCCUCACAAAUACAUCCCCGGAGCCUCAGUAGUGUGUGAUAAUUUAUGCUGAGCCACAAAUGAACAUCAUGUGGCUUAUGAUGGGUGGAAAAUGCUUAUAAUUUGGAACUAGUAGAACAGUUGGGUGUUACAAAAAAAAAAGAUAACAUAAGUGUUCUGUCAUCUAUUGUAAUGUUCAUUUAAAUGAAAAAAGUGAUCAAGUGUACUUAAGUGCAGUCUACUCUUUGCUGACAGGGUUUCUGAAAUGAAAUAAGUAUGCAUUAGCUGGUAAUGUAAAUUUAUCAUGGGUGGCCCAACGAGGACAUUUGAAUAAGUACUAAAUAUGUAUGGAUUAAUAAAACAUUUUCUGAGGAAACUCUUUGCAUUUUUUUAAACAAAAAAAACAAAAACAUGUUGUUAUAUGCAAACAAUAUUUUUGUGGGGAAUGUGGGUGUGGGCUCAUGAAGAAAUAAAGCGUUUUAAUGACAAUACAGAUUAAACAGUUUGUUUAAUGUG